AUGGAAGACAGGUCCAGUGCCUUUUCUGGUUCCACUGGUACCGGUGGCUACGAAACCCCAGACGAAGAGGAAUCCCCAACAACAUCGAGGACAGUUCGGUUUGCUUCGGAAGUACAAGAACAUGAACAUGACGCUGGCCGUGAUCGUGUUAGUGAUGUCGAUAUUGACAAGAAGAGGUUCAUGUUGAUUAAGCGCCCUAAGCUAGGUCAGGGGAUUGCCGCCAGGGUCUUUCGUAGGUAUCCUCGCUGUUAUGCUUUUUGGAUAGGAAUGGUGUUUCCACUCUGGUUUCUGGUGUUGCUAAGUAUGCUGGGAGGCCGGCUACUGGGUGAUCUGGAGUUUGACACUGAAGUGGCAGGGAACAACGAAGCCAUGAGGAACCGACUGAUGGCUAAAACCUACGACCAAGCUGUCAGUGAUACGGUUUCAUUUGCUCCACAGGUUUGCUACACCCUUUUCAAACAGAACAUUUCUGUCAGCAACCUUACCAGCUACUGGUCCGAGAUUUUGGAUCAACAAGAUAGCCUGCUAGACUAUCUGGAUCUGCGACAGGAAGAGCUGGUAGGAGUUGAUGAUAUGAUCGACAACGUCACGGAAUUCUCCAGUUAUUUGGGUGAAUGCGGAAGGGUUGCCGAUAACUUCACAAACAAUAUCCAACAAAUAUUUUUUGGAGACUUUGAGAUAUCUUUUUCUGGAUCAACCAAACUCACAUUCAGCUGGAGUCGAUGUGUCAAUGUGACUGACCCAAGUCGCUAUAAUCAUAUUUUCCAACCGAGACUGUCGCAUAUAUAUGCUGCUCGCCCUGAAAAUCAAUCAAAAACAUUCUCCACAGCGUGGCACGAAGAUCAGCAACGACUUCGGAUUCAAUAUCUCCAACAGUAUCGAGCUGACAAUGUUUCGAAUGCUCGUCUGAAAGCAUUCAAUGCCAGCAUCUUUGAAGCUUCAGCAGAGCAUACCUGUGCGGUCAAUGUUCCUGCAACUGCCUGGUUUUGGUUCACAGUCAUGACCACGGUCGGAUAUGGGAACCAAGCUCCUGUUACAUUGUGGGGUCGAGUUCUCAUAUUUACCUUUGGCUUCUACUCGAUCCUGAUGUUUGCUGGUGUCUUGACUGCGGCGGGUGUAGUUACAUCGCUUCUUGUCAAUGAUUUUGCCAUUCGGCUCAGGUUGCGGCUCCUCGCCAACAAAGUUGUCAUGAUGAUUGUCUGGGGUCUCUUGUGGGUUGGAUGGCUGGCCUUUAUGUCAGCUCAUGCCAUUGAAUGGACAAGGUGGCGCUUGGAAGAACAAAUGUCCUGGGAAGAUGGGAUGUGGUUUGCCUUUAUCAGUACCACCACUGUUGGUCUGGGCGAUUUCUACCCAACUCCCGAAGUCAUGUUUACGUCAGACAUCCUCAUCUUUUCACUUUCAUUCCUCUUGGGCUUUGUUCUCCUCUCUGCAUUUUUGACAGAGAUGGCGCUCUCCAUGGGGUACUUUUUCCCAGAUCUGGGUGAAGAAUUGGCCAAGAGACUCAAAUAUGUUGGUAUUUCGCCCUUUGAAGGAUGUCUGCAUGGACCACGGUCCGAUUUUGAUGAGGCAGAGAGACCAGAGGAUUCACCGUUGUCUUGUCAGGGCAGCAUGUUGGGAAAAGAACCGGAGGUCCCUGCCUUGCCGGAACAACCUCCACACCUUCAACCUUUACGGAAAGACUCGGAUUUCAAUGGUUCGGUAAUGAGUGGGUCAUUUGCGUACUAUGGACCAGAGGUUGAUGUUGAUGAAUUGAAAGCAAAGACCGACAUGUAG